AUGUUAUUUAUCCAACAACAACCACAACAAAAAUCACAUAUUGUUUUACACACAGGCUUUCCUCCUGCCGGCAACGUAUCGGGUCUCGCGAUCACUCCUGGAAAAGCCGCAGCAACUGCAUUUUCUCCCAAUCCUGCAAGUAGUUCUGUGAAACAUAUGGAUAGAGAGCAUAUGACCACAACGGGUGGAGAAAGCUGGUGGGAUCGGUUAUUCCCAAAUCGUCAUGUUCAUCUGGUGAAUGUCCAAUUACCCGUGACAACCGUCACCAAUACCACGGUGGUAGAGGCAAGCUUAUCGGUGUGUGGCAGUAAAAAGCAACGAUUUGGGUUAGGAAGACCCCAAGUACCCGAUAUGGAUGCUUGUGUUGAAACGGCCCUUGUGAAAAGUGACAGGGAAGACGAGGAGGAUGUCUUUAAUGUGCUGGAAUGGACACCGGAAAAGACGAUUGUGCUUCAGAAAUCCAAACUUUAUUGGUUGGUUGUUCAGUCUCCGUCUGUCCCCUUUCAAUGGGUUAAUUCAGAAUUAGGCAUCAAUGGUUACGGUACGGCCGUCGAGACGGAAGCAGGUUGGGAAUUCAAGUUGGAAGGUGAACCCAUUCCCAGUGCUAUGGUAGUGGUGGAAGACCAUCAUUAA